AAUCUCAACUUAGUUUAUGUUAAUCAAACCCAAACUCUCCUUAAAAACCCAAACCUUUAUUUUUCUCUCUCCUCUAAUCUUGAUCUCUUUCUCUCCGACAUUUUACCUACAAUUUUUUGGUGGGUUUUUCGUUAUAUAAUUUCAUACUCAUAUUAUUAUUACUUCAUUAUCCAAUCAAAUAAUCAAUACCCACUUUCGUAAUUUUUGUUUGAUUUUAGAGGGUGGAAAAUAGAAUAAUUUCCGUAAGAUCCGGUUGUUUUUAAGUACGGAUUAAUUCUUUUUUUUUCUUUUGGACCGAUUUACUAUUGCGAAGUUUUCCUUCGUUUAUCUUUAGCUUCCAUUAUAUCUGGGUUUUAACUUUUAAUCCUUCUUCCUAAGGUUGAGGCUUUAGCUUCAGGUACAAGGUGAUGAUGUCUCUGAAGUUUUGAUGAUGGACUCAACCUUGUGCAUCACCUUUGAAGAAGGCAUCUGCUGUAAACUCUGCAACUUCAGGACCACCAUAGUUUCGAUUACCUAUACAUAAGGGCUUCUUGGACACCAUGGGAGAGUGGGUUAUUGGAGCCUUCAUUAAUCUCUUUGGAAGUAUUGCUAUAAACUUUGGAACUAACCUUCUCAAGUUAGGUCAUACAGAGAGAGAGAGAUUUGUGCUUGAGAAUAAGGAGACUAAUGGGAAGAUUGUCUUAAAGCCCAUCACUCAUUUUCAGACGUGGAGAGUAGGCAUUCUAUUUUUCGCUUUUGGGAACUGUCUGAAUUUUAUCUCAUUUGGAUAUGCUGCUCAGUCACUUCUUGCAGCUCUCGGAUCAGUUCAGUUUGUGUCCAACAUUGCAUUUGCGUAUUUUGUUUUGAGCAAAAAGAUUUCAGUAAAGGUUUUGGUAGCCACAACAUUUAUUGUUCUGGGAAAUGUUUUCCUUGUUGCUUUUGGCAAUCACCAGUCACCUGUUUAUACACCAGAACAGCUGGCAGAGAAGUACAGCAACAUUACGUUCCUGUUGUACUGCUUGACGUUGGUAUUUGUUGUUGCCAUUCAUCACUAUAUCUACAGGAGAGGAGAAAUCCUUGCUACUUCAGGGCAUGAGUUGAAAUCCUAUUGGCAAAUGAUGAUUCCUUUUUCCUAUGCCGUUGUUUCAGGCGCAGUGGGAUCAUGUUCUGUUUUGUUCGCUAAGUCUCUCUCUAAUCUUCUGAGAUUGGCCAUGUCCAGUAAUUAUCACUUACAUACUUGGUUCACAUACUCCAUGCUUCUGUUGUUUCUUAGCACAGCUGGUUUCUGGAUGGCUAGGUUGAAUGAAGGACUGGCGUUCUUUGAUGCAAUUGUCAUAGUUCCCAUGUUUCAGAUUGCGUGGACAUUUUUCUCUAUUUGUACAGGAUUUGUGUACUUUCAGGAAUAUCAGGUCUUCAACACACUACGAACAUCAAUGUUUAUUCUGGGUAUGAUGUCUGUUUUCAUAGGCAUCACUUUGCUUGCCCCAGAUGAGGCAAAAGGUGGUGAAGUCAAAGAUAGUUCCUUGGAUACUCUCACAUCUUCAAGUGUUGCAAAUGAUGGGGAAAGGUUGGUGCUGACAUCAUAUGAGGAUACACAAAGCAAAGAGGUGAAGCCAUUUAUACACAAAAUGUUGACCAAAGCUGCAGAAGUUAUGCUCAAAGCAAAGACUACUUGCUUAUUAGCAUUAGGGAUGGGAGAGAAUACGAUGAAUGCGUCCUCGGUUCUAGUGAUGCCUAUGUUAUCAUCAAAGAUAACAGGAUUUAGAGGAGGAAGUACGGUUGAUCGAGCCAAAUUUUUCCCUAUGAGAAGCACUGGUUGGGAUAAGAUCCCAAUGGACGAGGACAGCGCAAAACUACUGGAGACAAGUUCACUGGUUGCGCAGAAUGUAUGAUAGGAUUAGUUAUAUGGAAGUUUGAAAGAAAUCAAAUGAAGUGAUUUCUUUUCACACCAAUUUCUGGCAUCACAUUUGACACCAGAGUGAUGAUAUAGAUAUAUGUUGCUUCUUUCCAUUUUUCUUGUAGCCUUGAAUCGAAAUGUAUUUUAAUAGUUGUACAUACUCGGUUCUCUGAUCCACGAUAUUCCUUGUAUAAAAUUUCCUAGUAAAUAUGUCAAAGAAAUUGAUAUACAAGUUCUAUUUUUUCAAAGUAAUUGUGAUAUUCAGCUUCCCAGCAAUUUACCACCAA